AUGGCUCCCCUGAAAGUACUUAUUUGCGGCGCUGGCAUUGCUGGCAACGCUCUCGCCUUCUGGCUCUCACAACAGCAGCAUGAUGUUACAAUCAUUGAGCGUUACAGUGACUUGAGGUCUACCGGCUUACAGAUCGAUAUCCGCGGAUAUGGUAUUGAGGUCCUGAAGCGGAUGGGGCUCGAGGCAGAUUUCCGUGCCAAGUCAGUUCAAGAGCGAGGAUUGGAAUUUGUGAACAGCAAGGGCAAAGUAGUAGCAUACUUUCCUGCAAACAUGACUGGCGAAGGGCUUCAGAGCUUCACAACGGACUACGAGAUCAUGCGAGGUGAUCUUAUCCAGCUACUGUACAGUAAAAUCAAAGACCGUGUACGAUUUUCGUUUGGGACUGCCAUCGAGGGUUUUGAGCAGCUGGAUAAUGGUGUGGAGGUUCGAUUCGAAAAUGGUCAAAAGGACCGAUACGACCUUCUCAUCGGCGCCGACGGGCAGUGGUCUCGCACUCGGAGGCAGAUGCUGGGCCCUCAAGCAGAAGACGCCAUUCAUUUCCUUGGUGUCUACGCCGGUUAUUUCACCGUCCCUCGCCCGAUCAAGGAUGGAGAGACAUACAACGCAACUGCUUAUAUUGCCCCGGAAAAGCGACUCUUGUUCAGUCGAAGACACAGUCCAGACCGCGUCCAGGUAUACCUCGUAGGCCAGACUGAUUCCGAGCGAGUGAUGGCGGCACGGAAACGCGGUAUAGAGGAUGAAAAGGCCGUCUUAACAGACAUAUUCCGCUCGGCUGGGUGGCAAUCAGAGGAACUAGUCAAGGAACUACAAGCAUCAACCGACUUCUAUUGUGAGCAUAUGGGUGUUGUCAGGCUGGCUUCAUGGAGCCAGGGACGAGUCGGGCUUGUGGGGGAUGCAGCAUAUUGCCCUACAGCAACCACGGGAAUGGGUACAACCUCAAGUCUAGUGGGCGCCUAUGUUCUGGCUGGCGAGAUACAGGAUCAUUUCAGUCGCUUUUCCAAGGACAAACUUCCCAGAGCUCUGCACACUUAUGAGGAGCGGUUCCGCCCCUUCAUGAGCACCGUUCAGGACGGUAUUGAGAAAGACAAAACUUACUGGCACAAGAUGCCAACAGGCUCGUUCUUGUUGGCGGUCCUUAAUUUUUUCCUUUCCGUUGCAUCUUUCUUUAGGCUGGACGUACUCGCUCAACAUAUCAUGAGCGAAGAUACAGGUAAUUGGAAACUCCCGGAUUAUGAGGGAAUGGACUUUCGGAAGGACAAGAAGUAA